UGAAGAGCUGUGGGGGAUGUCAGUCCAACCUCUAGUCAUGCGUGAUUGUUGAGUUGUUUGGUGAGUGAACACAAACAGACGAAACGCGCCUAACUCCUGUAAAGAAUGUGACAGCAUAUAGUCAAAAGUUUAUUUAAUUUACCAUCAGCGUCGUCAUAUUUUCAUAUAUUUUUAUUUGCGAUAUUGUAAAGAAGAAGUCAUGGAGCCGAUAACGAAGUGGACGCCUAAGCAAGUUGUGGAUUGGAUGAAAGGUUUGGAUGACAGCUUGCAGCAAUAUGUAACUAACUUUGAGAAGGAGAAGAUCAGCGGGGAACAGCUUCUAAAGAUCACACAUCAAGACCUGGAGGAGCUCGGGGUGGCAAGGAUUGGACAUCAAGAACUUGUUCUGGAGGCUGUUGAUCUGCUCUGCGCUCUGAAUUAUGGAGUGGAAACUGAUAACUUGAAGAACCUAGUUGUGAGGAUGAGAGCUGCAACCAGUAGUCUCCACAUGGCAACAGCUGAACGCAGAAAAAGCCCAGGGUACAACGGAAGCAACUCUCGAAAGCCUCCCAAUGACUUCCUUACCUCUGUGGUGGAGCUGAUAGGUGCUGCUAAGAGUCUCCUGGCUUGGCUUGACAGGACUCCUCUUACAGGGAUCAGUGACUUUACAGCCACCAAGAACAAGAUCAUUCAGCUGUGCCUGGAGCUCACCACCACAGUUCAACAGGACUGCAGUGUUUACGAGAUGGAAGAAAAGAUCCUAGAAGUUUCUAAGACAUUGAACAGUAUCUGUGAUCAGACCGUGAGAACCACAUCUGACCCCCUGAUGAGCCAGUCGGCCUGCUUGGAGGAAGUCCAGUUGACCAACAUCAAGCCGGGCGAGGGUCUGGGAAUGUACAUCAAGUCUACUUAUGAUGGAUUACAUGUAAUCACUGGAACCACAGAACAUUCUCCUGCAGACUUGUCAAGAAAGAUCCAUGCUGGUGAUGAGGUGAUCCAAGUUAACCAGCAGACUGUGGUGGGUUGGCAGCUUAAAAACUUGGUUUUCAAACUGAGAGAAGACCCUAAAGGUGUGGUUCUACUGCUUAAGAAGAGACCCACAGGCACAACUAGUUUCACCCCCGCCCCACUUAAAAACAUGCGCUGGAAGCCUCCUGUACCUCAGAGCAAUACCUCAAUGAUGAGAGCUCAGUCCCCCUGCAGUUCAGCCAAUGGAUCUACCAAAAAAGAGAAGCCAGCUAUCUUGGAUUUGUACAUUCCACCUCCUCCUCUUGUGCCCUACACCCCACGAGAGAUGAGAACAGACUCCUUCCCCAGCAUUAGUAAAAGACCAAAGGGGUCUGAGUCACCCAACUCCUUCCUGGACCAGGAGAACAGAAGACGAUGUCCCAUCCCAGAUUAUGACAAACUGAGUGCUGGCUGUCCGAUUGAAGCCAACGUCAUUCAGCCCAGAAUGAGGGAGCAUAAGCCGUCACGUGGUAAACCCCGGCCACUGUCAAUGCCAGCAGAUACCUGUGUUGGAGUAAUUGAUCCUUAUGCUAAACCCUGGGCACAGGGCAGGAAAGGUGAGGACCUCCUGUACAGAUACCUCAGUACCGAGCGGAUCCCCACCAUUGCUGAGGAGGUCCCAUCAGGGUCUCCAUCCUACAGGCGGGCAGGGGAGCGCCACCUCGUCCGCGUGGACCACAUCCGAGGCAGUCGCUACUACUCCAACUCAGACCUCCACAACAGCGCCACCAUCCCCUACCAGGAAGACAUGAAAAAGGCCCCCGUAGCCCCCAUCUCCAAGCGCACGUCGGCAGAACGCUCACUACUGGUCAGUUGGAUCACGCGGCUUAAGCUAUUGACUCACUGAUGAUGUGCUUCCUGUGCGGGGCUUCCUGUUCCUGUCCUGUGUCCUUCCUCAGUGCCUUUUGAUAUUUAACGUCCAGCUGUUUUUGGCAGCUUCGGGCUUUCUCACACUCCUCUCUCCCCAACCUCCAUACUUCCCUGAUGUUACUGCUACUACCAGCUACUACUACCAACUACAACUACCACUCCUCAACCAAUACUUGCUUUUGUAGUACUCAUUACCCCUUUAACACUGCCCACAGUCAUCAUCUCUGACUACAAUCUUCAGCCUCAAGAGGAUACGAUCUGUUCAGGUUUAGGAUGUGGCUGUGUGUGGUUUUUGUAGACUUUUCUGUAUAUAUUAAGUUAUGUCAUGUUUCCGUUCAGAUGCCCUCUGGUACCAUUAUUUAAUACUGCAAAUACUGAAGGUGUUUAGUUAUGUGCUUCUUUGGUUUUCAUUUGCAUUAAUAUAAGUUAUGAUAAAAAGAAUAAAAAAAACUGGAAAAAUGUUAGUAAAACUGCUUGUUUUCAUGUUACUUUUUUCUGCAACUGACUUUUAUUUAUUUUUUUUAUCAGUUACUUACAUUACUGUCUGCCAAUGGUUGCCUCUUCUAAGCUAUGCAUAAGAUUUACAGUCACUUUAGUCCACAGUGCUGCAUCACUGUCAACUUACAGGCAAAUAUUUGUGCAUGUUUUAGGACUAUGCACUCUUUUCAGUGAACUUAUAUAUUCUGUGUUUAAAUUUACUCUGCAAUUACCCACCCAAAGGGCCUUCAGUAUACAUACAGCUGGUUGACGGUAAUGACUGGUCUACCAUAGCCAGUAUUUUAAACCAAUCUUUCAAGGACACACAGGUCAAAUUGCCUUCUUGUAGCUCUUUUUAUAGAGACUACAGAUCACAAGAGAGAGAAUGACAGUAUUAUUUCAGAAGCUCCAGGGAGGAAGUGUCUAUUGUUACUUUAUCUGCCUUUUUGUAAGAUUUGAAAGCGUUUUAUUAAAAGUCGGAGUUCAUUUCAGUGAA